AUGCUCGGCCGGGGGUCCCGGAGCCGCUCCCGGCCCGCGGGCUUCGAGCCCCCUCUGGCGGCCCCGCACCGGUACUCGGGACCGACCCGCCCGCCUCCCGCUCCCGCCGACCCGCUGUUCCCUCUGCGCAUUCCAGGCAUCUCUCCUGCAAACCUGAAGGUGGAUAACGGGCACUGGAACCAGCCCGGCCCGCGGGCAGUGUUUCCUCACGCCUGCUUCAUCCUGUCUCUUGUCAUCUACGCUUUUCUGGGGGCUCUCAUGUUUUCCCACAUUGAAGGUAACAGGAAGGUGGAGUUUAGUGAAGACUAUAGAAAUUUUCUGCAGAAUCUGACGUACCUCAGCAGAAGUUUAUCAGAUAACAUGACAGAAAAUGAGGUGAAGUUCAAGAAAAAAAUCCACGAUCUUCUCAACACAGCUCAACAAGACUGGUUUGUCAAUCCAAAAGACAAGUGGAGUUUCUUUGGGUCUCUCUUUUUUUGCUGCACAGUGUUCACGACUGUGGGUUAUGGCAAUACCUACCCUGUGACACGGAUUGGGAAAUAUGUCUGUAUGUUGUAUGCUUUGUUUGGCAUCCCUCUGAUGUUCCUGGUCCUGACAGACAUGGGAGACAUCCUUGCCACUGUUUUAUCCAAGUCUUACAAUGAAUUCAGAAAACUGCAGUCAAAAAUUCUCGCCUCCAAACUCUGCUCUGGAUCCACAUGUAACAAAAGGAAUGAACUAAAAUCCAGAGCACAGUCUAAAAUAGUCAUCAAUGAGCCCGUGACAAUUAUGGAGCUGCUGAAAAGUCAGGCUGGUGUGAAAAGGGGGCCGGUCAAAUAUCGCAAUGUUGAACUUUUUGAAAUGUUAAUUGCCAGAGAAAAUGAGCAAAUGAAACCAGCGAGAAAUAAAAGCAUUGAGAGAUGGAGUUCGUGUCCUGAACUUGCCACGGGAAAGACAGUGUCCAGAGUAAUUGAGAAUUUUGACAAAAUAGGGAAAGAGUUAGAAAAAUUAGAUGUGCCCAUCGUGUUGAUGGUGCUCGUUAUCUUUGUGUACAUCUCCUGUGCAGCUGCUAUUCUUCCAAAGUGGGAAUCCAAUUUGGAUUUUCAGGAAGCCUUUUAUUUCUGCUUUAUCACCUUGACCACUAUUGGAUUUGGAGACACACAGCUGGAACAUCCCAAGUUUUUCUUGUUUUUUUCCCUUUAUAUUAUUAUUGGCAUGGAAAUUGUCUUCAUUGCUUUUAAGCUGGGCCAAGAUCGCUUAAUUGUUUUGUAUAAAAAGGUAAUUUCAUUCUGUGCAGAGAAAAAGAUGCCGUCAAAGAAGAUAUAUCCAAAAUAAGAGCAGUCAUUUCUCCUUCACUUGUGAACAUUGGCCACUGCAA